AUGGCUGAAUCUUUAGUUCCGGCUCUCACUUCAAUCGCCGAAGAGGAGGAAGUAGUGUUUGAUCCUGAUGCGAUCACUUAUCCCGCUCGUCUCAAAAGAUUCAGGACCACCGCAAAGAUGGUCCAUACGGAAGCGGGAAAGAAACUCUCGCAAUCGGUUAGAAUCGGCGAAGAUUGGGACACCGUUCGAGCCUAUCGUGUCGUCUACGAUGAUCUCGAUGGAAAAAAGGAUUGGAUCCAAGCUGUCAUCUUCGAUAACCAGGCAAGUCUGGCUGUUUGUGACAACUAUUUGGCCCAAACUAAUCCCAAACACGCCUCCGUGGUUUCAAAAGCCUCAUCCCGGCAUUCCAGCGUCUCCUCACGUCAAGCUAGAAUUCACGAAGCUGAACGAAAGGAGAGGGAAGCCGAGUUGAUGCUCCAACAAGUGGAAGACGAGACCAGACGCAGAGAAGAAGAAGAUGCGAAACUCAGGGAAGAGGAAGAUUACAAACGCAAGGUGGAGAGUGAAAGAAGACAACGCGAGAUACGCGAUGAAAUAGAUCUUCAGCCUUUGAGCGGCGCAAUCAUGCGGCAACAACUCAACGAUGUUACUGUCAACGAUCAGGCGGCACCAACACGCGCUUCAUCCGUCGUGAGCGGUUUAUCGAGAGUUAGCCGUAUUUCAUCGCACCCUUCUAUCCCGAAUAAUUUGACCUUACUUGCCCAAACUCCAGCUGUGUUUAAGCAAGCGUCGACCAUGGCAACUACGGCUCCGAUAAUUCAAACCAUGGCCACUCCCCGGACGCAGCCAAGCACCGUCGUGAUUUCAACGGCGGCUCAAACUCAAACGAUGACCACACCGUUAGUUGGAUCUGCGGCUAGGAUGUCAACACCAACGGGACUCUUCAGCCAAUCGGCAGCGACGGUGCCGUCAACACCAAAGAGCACAGCCGGUCACGACGAGUCAGCCAAUGUCAACGGCUUCAAACGUCGUUCUUCAAGGCUCCUAAACCGAUCGUUCCGCCUACUACGACAUCGGCAAGCGCUCCAAUUCCUACGUUGGCAGUUCCUCAGGCCCCUAAAACAACUGUACAAUCGUUCGUCCCACCAGCUUCACACAUCAGUUGCCGCUCCGGUUUCUAAAUCAGUGGCUCAUCCGGUCACGCCGGUGACUACAGCCACCAUCCUUGUCCCGACGACCAGUAAUGUGACGCACGUUCUAGUGUCGGUCCCGUUGCCACCCAGGUCCUCAGCUUCGGUCCCUUUUCCGCCCGGAUCUUCAGCUUCGGUUCCGUUUCCACCUGUGUCUUCAGCAAGCACUUCGUCGUGGUUUUCAUCGUGGAGGAACAUUGGUCAACCGAAUUUAUUCGGGCGAAGACAACCGGCCCAGCCACCGUCUGCGCCGCCACCGUCUGCUCCGCCGGCCCAGCCACCGUCUGCCCCGCCACCGUCUGCCCCGCCGGCCCAGUCACCGUCUGCCCAGCCAGCGUCUGCUCCACCGGCCUAG